AUGCCGGAGGAGAAGGAGUACGUCGCCGUGCCCAUGGGCCAGGCGCCGGAGCCCGCGGACCCCGAGGACCCCGUCAAGUCGCCGCCGCGCCCCACCUCGCCGGCCACCUCCACCCGCCAGGCAUGCUUUGCGGUCCUUCAAAGCUGGGUGUCAAGAAAAUUUAUGACUGGAUGUGUAGUUAUUUUCCCAAUGGCUGUGACAUUCUUCAUCACUUGGUGGUUUAUUCGAUUUUUUGAUGGAUUUUUCAGUCCACUCUAUGCAAAGCUUGGAGUCGAUGUAUUUGGCCUUGGGUUUGUGACAUCUCUGGUAUUCAUAUUUAUUGUUGGAAUAUUUGUGUCAUCAUGGGUGGGCUCAACUGUCUUCUGGGUUGGAGAAUGGUUUAUAAAGAAAAUGCCAUUUGUAAGGCACAUAUAUUCUGCAUCAAAGCAAGUUAGUACUGCUGUUUCACCAGAUCAAAAUACAGCAGCAUUUAAAGAAGUGGCAAUAAUUAGCCAUCCCCGUGCUGGUGAAUACGCAUUUGGGUUCAUAACAUCGAGCAUGAUUCUUCAGACUGACAAAGGUGAUGAAGAACUGUGUAGUGUCUAUGUGCCAACCAAUCAUCUAUAUAUUGGUGAUAUCUUUUUGGUGAACUCUGCGGAAAUUAUAAGGCCCAAUCUGUCCAUUCGAGAAGGGAUAGAAAUAAUUGUCUCUGGAGGAAUGACCAUGCCGCAGGUGAUUACAGCGCUAGGACCUGCCCCUGAUAAGAACGAGGGCACCCGUUUAAGCAGAAUGAUGACUGUCUGA